AUGAGUACUCAACAGAAUCAAAAUGGUAAUAAAAAGACCGAUGAGAAUAAAGAUAAGACAACAACAACAACAACUGGAAAAGAUGAAACAACGGCGAAAGAUAAAAAAUUAGAUAUAACAAGUUUAGAAGAAGAUGAUGAAUUUGAAGAAUUUCCAGUUGAAGAAUGGUCGCAUGAAGAUUUAGAUACUGAAGAUAAACGUUUAUGGGAAGAACAUUGGGAUGAUGAUGUAGCUGAAACGCCAUUAAUUGAACAACUUAAACAAGAACUUAAUAAACAUGGUUUACUUAAAACAUCAGCAACAACUACGAAAUAA